AUGACUUGCUCAUAUGCUCCUGCCCUCAAGCAUCUAGAAUUGCAUAAAUGGAAGGUGCCGUCUCACACGGCCCUUUCUCAAUUUAUCGCUGCCGAACCAUUGGAAGAACUGCCACUCGUAAACGUUACUGCCAGUGAUGACGAAUUUCACAGCAUGCACUUUCCUUCGCUUCAGCGCCUUGCACUUGACAUCCGCCUGCCUAUGUCGUUCUUGGAUGCUAUUGUAGCCCCAAAGCUCGCAUAUUUUUGCUUUACUGCAAAUCGUUUCGCAAAGUCUCACUACGGCGAAUCUAUCGAUGAGUCGAAAUUCAAUUUUGCUGCUCCCAAAUAUACAGAGACGGUCAACGUGCAUGCUUUGGAAAUCUCCGAGAGACUUUGCCAUAUAUUUCGCGGCACACGUUGCGCGACCGUUCAUGUGAGCUACGUGUCCAUGCUAUUCUCCUACCAAGGUCCUGUUGACCUCUGCUGGACAUUCCUCGAAAGCCUUGAAAUGCAAGACAUCACUCCUCGUUCUAUCAAACCACUUGAAUGUUUAUUGGAUUGGCUCAGGUGGCGAGAGAAUUCGGGUCAACCAAAACUGCAUUUGAAACUCGUUUCGCGCAGACCCAAUGCCAAUAGCCUGAUGACACCGAACACUUCCCACAGAACAUUGAGGGAAUGUUGUACGUCAGUGGUGCUGGAUGGUGUUCCGACGCCUUCCCAGAUGUGUCUCUUUACGUCUUCAGAUUCACUGUCGUCGCUGAGCAGCUCACUUGACACAUUCCGAUGCCAGUAUUAAGUCGUCGUGCCAUAGAUCACAGGGUUCGCUAACUUGGUCCGCUGCAACUUUCUAACUUGGCUUUCUUUACAGGCUGCAAAUAGUACUCAUAUAAAACCUUUCGCUCCCCUUCCAGUGUCCAGCUGUCUUUGCAGUUCCUGUUGUAUUGUGCUUCGUGCACUGGAUGGUAUAGUGCUCCUAUGAGGUCGAUUAGACUGCAAGUCGGGCCGGAGUUGCGUGAAUCCAAAUGAGAUCGGAGAGCUAUGGGACCAUUGCAUGAGCAACAGAAAAGGGGGUGGCAGUAUCUUAGCAUAUGCUCGCAUCGCAGCUAGUGAAGCCUGACACUAUUGAUG